AAAUCGUUAUGCUACGCCCACUAGACUGACUAGAGGUACGAGUCCGAAUACUUAACACUCAUGAUAUUAAGAUAGAUUGUUGAAUUUGGGAUUCCUAUUACUGUCAUUAGUGAAUAUACCAUAGGCGCUCUGUAUAUUCUAAUAAUAAUUAAGCAAUCAGACAGCAGCGAUGGCGGAACAAAAAUUUGAAGUAUCACAAGCUGCAGGAAUUGUGCGUGAUGCGCAAGGAUUUGCAUUCAUUCCUGCAACUCAACGUCCAGAUGGUUCAUGGAGAAAAGCAAGACGAGUGAAAGAUGGUUAUGUCCCUGAUGAAGACGUAGCUCGGUACAAAAACAGAGCAGCAAGAAACCGAGCGAAUGCUCCAGCAUGCCCCGGCUUAUCUUCCAAUCCCAAUCCUGUUUCCAUGAUAAAAUCGACUGAACGAACGACUUUAGAAAAACUCAGUUCUCCAAUUGAAAGUGCUUCUGCAGAAAAUAAAAAUUUAUCCAAAUCAGCGAAAAAGAACUUGAAACGUAAAGAACAACGUCAGAAGAAACAAAACGAGAUGACGAAAGCUUCUGUUAUUGCGCAAUAUGAAACGGUUAAAACGGAAAAUGUUACAGAUGGUACUAAAAGCAUAAAUGAAAAACUUGCUUCUGUUGCAAUUAAUGAUGUCAGUCAAAGUCAAGAUGACGACAGUGCGAAAAAAAUUAAAAACCUAAAAAAGAAACUUAGACAAAUUCAAGAACUCAAAGAAAAAAUAGACUCUGGGGUAAUAGAGAAUCCUGAUAAAAUGCAACUUGAAAAAAUUGCUAAACAAGAUGGUCUCGAAGCAGAACUAUGGGAUUUAGAAAAAGGUUCUUAGAAUUGCUAUAGGUUCCCAUUUUAUGUGACGCUGCAUUGAAUUUGUUCGAAACAUGUUCUGCAAUUUAGCAUUGAUAUAUAAAAAAUGAUAUUGGUAUUCCAUAAUAUCCAAAUGUCAUAUUGGUUAUCGCAUUAAUCUAACCCAGGGGUGUGCAACAUUUUUGUCGGUGGGCCACAUAACCAACAUCAAACAUCUAAUCUAGCUGGGCCACACUAAAAUAUGGGAAAUCCGACUAUCGCUCAGCCCUACAGUAAUAAAAGGCAUCGAGCAAAACAGCAAAAGAUUUAUUGCUGCAAAAAGAGCAAAAAAACUUGUAUCUUUACUAGGGCUGUCCAAGCGAACCGAAUAUUCGAAAUCGAAUCGCAAAUUAUUCGAAGUGUUUUUUGGCUAAUUUACGAAUGGCGAAAAUUUGGUGCCUAAUGCGCCUCACGACCACCUUUGCACCGUUUUUUACUGGGCAGGCAAAACCAUGUUCUAUGCUUUCUUAAUUAUCCAUUCCAUGCAUGGUCAUAAAUAAAAAGUUAUGGGUAACAAUGAUUUAAAGAUGACGUUUUUUGAGAGAACACAAGGAGAAAAAGGCAAAUUUUGUGUCAGUCAAAAACGCCAGUUCUAUAAAUAGAAUCGAUUUGUAGCUGUUGAGUCAGUAAUCAUAGGAACAUGAUACAGAAUUGAACCAGGUUUUGGAGGUCCAAUAUCUUUUUUCACUUGAAUUUGUAAUUUCUCCUAAUGGCAAUACUUUGUUUCAUCCAUUUAUUACUAUGACAAAUAAUUGCACUCUUGUGAGUUGAUGAUGGCUGUUGUACAGAAACAAU